AAUGGCUAUAUGCUUUAGCUGCCCAGUGUCGCGCGGUCAUCAUGGCGGACAAAACAAGAAUAUGAUACUCUGACACACAAGCUAUUAAUACUACAAGGUCAUGCGGGAUUUUUCCCAGAACGAUAUACAAGUGUAGGCACGUUGAGUCACAUGAAAUCUGUAGGACUAUUAUUGCAUAAAUAUCCGAUGUUUUUUCAAGGGAACAAAGUUACACGAAGCUGAAAUCAUAGAAUAAUUAUUUACAAGAAAUAAUGAAGCCAUUUGUUUUUUUUUUUUAUGUGAGCAGUUGAGAAGUGCUUUUGACUGCGUUUUCUAUUAAUUCCUCUUCACCAAACAAUGAAUUUAGGGUUUUAUUUAAAUAUAUGACAAUGGUGAAUGGAUGGMGAAUCUUUUCAAACAAGGAUCUGGUAUUAUUUUGCUUGGAUUUUUGUGUUUCGCUCUGGGCUCCAGCGCUAUUGAAGUUGUAACCGCGAAGGAAUUCAAUACAACAAAAGCCAUUCAUGUACGAAUAUCAARCAACCACAUGCCCAUCAACUCCAAUGGGUUGAUGUUUGUAAGAGUCGGCACCAGACAAUUACAAAUAAACUGUUCAAUUCCCAGUGGCUCUGAGAAGCUCGUCAAUAUAAGCUGGAGAAAGAGUCAAAAUUGGCUUGAUGGCAGGUCCAUUGAGUUACUCAGGAGUAAUAAUACUAUCACAUUACGUCUUACAAUUGACCAGAUAACUUGGGACUUGAAUGGUUCCAUCUACUGGUGUGGUCCAAGGGAUGAACAUAUUUUUGAUACAAGCAUAAAAAGAUCUUCAGUAACCAUCAUCAUAGGAGAUCUCCCUAGACCACCCAUGAACAUAAAACACAAUAUUGUGGAUUUAAGAAUGUAUGAUAUAAACAUUUACUGGACAGCAGCUACCAAUGUUGGCAGAUUACCAGCUUACUAUAAUGUUACCUAUAUACCAUGUAUUAACAGAACAUACUGUCAGGAGACCCCUAGAUAUCAAUUUUGUACUAUCCCUCACAUCUCUGGAAAAAUGGACUACAAGUGUAACAAGUUGAGGGAAGAAAUGAAAACUCUAGAAUCCUUGCGUGACCUGUAUAAGUUUACCAUAGCAACUGUUAACCCAUUAGGGGAAAGUAAAGGUCCAGAAUUUGAAAUAAAUGCAAAUUUUGGAGGUCCAAACAAUGCAGUGUAUCCUACUCCAAGACCUCCAUUAAGCUUGAAUAUCUUCGUGAAUGAUAAUGGCGAUAUAUCAAUGAAUUGGAAAUCAAGGGAAUUAUGGGACAUUGUUGAAACCAGAUAUACAAUACUGUACUAUAAAGAAAAUGACCACAAAAACAAGACUAUAGUAGUGCAAGGUGAAAAAGGUCAGACAAUGUUAACACUAAGAGAAGAUGACGGCAUUGAGCCAUUCACAAGAUACUACUUCUAUAUCACAGUGGAAUUCCUUGACUCAAAAAAUUUAAGCACCGGGGUUAGUGAACCUCUUGGUCCAAGAACAGUAUUUACUCCAGAAGGAGAACCUGAACCAGGCCCAGACAUCUUGAACACCUCAUCCAGUAGGAUAUCCAACACUGCCAUGAGGAAUGUAACGAUUACAUGGAAGGUUCCACCCUCAUCUGCAUGGCAUGGAAAACCAUCUCACAUAAAAAUUAUGUAUUACAGAAAUGAAAAUUACCAGGAUUCCAAGGAAAGAAAUAUCUUGGCUUUUCCUAACCCUCCAAGUCAAGCGGUUCUUACUGGACUUGAUUCAACAGGUCAUUACAUUUCCCGUAUUGCUUUGUGUAACUCCAGGAUGUGUGGGCGAAAUGGAGAGAAAGCAAGGAUAAAACCCAUUAAAGGUCUAAAAAAAGUAGGAAAAACAGACUUUACAAGCAAUUUAACAACAUAUGCAUUGAUUGGAGUAUUCAUCUUUAUCGUCAUGUUUAUACUGUUGGCCUACUGCUGCUUCUACAAGAGGAAGUUCAGGAAUAAAAACCCCCAAAUACCAUUACAUGACCGAAUUGGUGAUCUG